GCAUUCCUUGUUCAUUGUUUAUGUGACGUGGUGAUACGUUGACUGGUUGUUGCCGGUUGUGUUCAAGUGGAGUAGAAUUGAAAUUGUUUUGUUUACUUGGUUAUUGUAAUUUUUAUAAAAACAGUUGUAACCAUGUUGCAAUCUAUAUUCGAUGAUGUGCGGCGAAUGAAUAAACGGCAGUUCCUGUAUCAAAUGUUAAGUUUUGGUAUGAUCGUUUCAUCAGCCUUGAUGAUUUGGAAAGGCUUAAUGGUUGUAACAGGUGCCGAAAGUCCAAUCGUUGUGGUUCUCAGUGGUAGUAUGGAACCAGCAUUUCAUAGGGGGGAUUUAUUAUUUUUAACCAAUUACCAAGAUGAGCCAGUCAGAGUAGGAGAGAUCCUUGUUUUUAAAGUUGAAGGUAGAUAUAUUCCAAUUGUACACAGAGUAAUUAAAAUACAUGAAAAGGGCGAUCAAAAUAAUACUGUUAAAUUUUUAACAAAGGGUGAUAAUAAUUCUGUUGAUGAUAGAGGUUUAUAUGUAACUGGUCAAUUAUGGUUGACACAUAAAGAUGUUGUUGGUAGAGCAAGAGGUUUUUUACCAUAUGUAGGAAUGAUUACAAUAUAUAUGAAUGAAUAUCCCAAAUUUAAAUAUGCAAUAUUAAUAUGUUUGGGAUUAUAUGUUAUGGUACACAGAGAAUAAAGGAUAUUUCAUAUAGGAAAUUAUAUGAAAUAGACUAUCUGAACAUCUACAAAAAAAAAGUGCAUUGUAAAAUUAAAUCUUAAUUGAUAAUUCAAAUAUACAUAUGGAGCUAUGUACAAUGUGA